AUGAAAUUUUUUAUAAUUUUGGCAUUAGUUGCACUUGCAUCAGCAACAAAAUGGAAGCCUAAAACUUAUAAAGAAUGGCAAGAAGUUGAAGUUAAAUGCGAGGAACAGCACAAAGUAUCACCAGAAAUUAAAGAAAAGGCUAAAAUUGCUAAAUAUUUACCUAAGGAACAAUUUGAAAAAAAUCUAUGUUACAUGCGUGGUGCAGAACUUUGGAACGAUUCUAAGGGAUAUAACGUAGAUGGAAUGAUAACUUUAAUUAAAAGUAUUCCAGCUGAAGAAAAUAUUGAUAAAGACUCACAAAUUGAUAUCUUUAUGAAAUGCAUUGAUAACAAUAGUGAAGGAAGUAAUCCAAUCGAUUGGGCCUAUCGUGGUUAUAAGUGUUUUAGAGAUAAUGGAAAUUUGUAUACGAAUUUGGGAAAAGGGAAAUAUUACGAGGAACCGGAACAAUAG